ACUAGCCCUUUUGUCAUCACUAUGUGGGUGCAGCAGGGACGGCAUUGUUGAUAAGUUUGCCCGGGGAACGAACAGAACAGGACUGUCCUGGGAGAAGAAAGUUUCUUAUACCUUGAGAGGUCAAGAGACAGAAAUUCUCAGCCGCUGUCUGCUGAAAGACAUUCAGCAGAAUGAAGCCGUGGGCCUGUUUUUUUGUGCCUUUUGCUGCUGUUGCUGCAUCUGCAUACUGGGAAAAGGACCCCACACUUGACAGGCAUUGGGAGCUUUGGAAGAAAAAGUAUGGGAAAGGAUAUCAAAAUGAGAAAGAGGAAGGAGACCGCCGUAUGACUUGGGAGAAGAAUCUGCAGUUUAUAAUGUUGCACAACCUUGAAUAUUCACUGGGAUUGCAUUCCUAUGAACUUGGCAUGAAUCAUCUAGGCGAUAUGACCAGCGAGGAGGUUACUGCUCUGUUGACUGGGUUGAAAGUUUCUGAGACACGGAGGCAGAAUUCAACAUAUUACAGGUCAAGUAUGGGGACCGGAGCCCUCCCCGAAGCUGUGGACUGGAGGGAGAAAGGGUGUGUCACGGAUGUUAAGAACCAGGGUUCCUGUGGUGCAUGCUGGGCCUUUAGUGCCAUUGGGUCCCUGGAAGGCCAGUUGAAACUUAAAACAGGGAAACUGGUGUCCCUCAGUGCACAGAACCUUGUUGACUGCUCAAGCAAGUAUGGAAACCAUGGGUGUAAUGGAGGGUACAUUACCGCUGCUUUCCAGUAUAUAAUAGAAAACAAAGGCAUUGAUUCGGAAGAUUCCUACCCAUAUGAAGCCAAGGAUGGAACAUGUCGCUAUGAUCCUUCUGCACGAGCUGCUACCUGCUCUAAAUAUGUUGCUCUUCCACCUGGAGAUGAAGCUUCCCUGAAGGAUGCCGUAGCCAAUGUUGGGCCUGUAUCAGUUGGCAUAGAUGCAAGUCAAGUAUCAUUCUUUCUGUUUAAACGGGGUAUAUACGAUGAUCCAGACUGCUCUUCUCAGCAUAUAAAUCAUGGAGUCCUUGUAGUUGGAUAUGGAACAGAAGAUGGCAAAGACUAUUGGCUUGUGAAGAACAGCUGGGGUGAAAAGUUUGGCGAUCAAGGAUAUAUUCGAAUUGCAAGGAACCACGGGAAUCGGUGUGGAAUUGCCAGCGACUGCUCCUAUCCACAAAUUUAGAGAGAUUUUGCAGCUCCCAAUGGAUUUUUCUUCACUGGAAAAAUAGCCAAUUAGGCGACUAAACUGUAGGCUUUUAAAAAAAUCAAACAGCUCUAAGAAGAAUGAUUAGUCUCCAAAGGCAAGAUCUUCCUGUCAGCUCCACCUGGUAGAUCUGAGACAAGCAGCCAAAAUGAUGGUUUAUCUUGGUUUAUCAUGCUAUUUGCUAACCCUCUCAUGGGUGCUGCUGUGAGGCUUAAUCAUGUAAUAAUGUAAUGUCAGUAGUUCUGCUCUGAACAACCAAAACUUUAUGUAAUUGCUGAGUAGAAUCACUGUUGCCACCUCAAGGUGUGCUGGAAUAAAAGCUGUGUCAGGUAAAAAAAAAAAAAAAAGUGACUC